GGAAAGGAAAGGAAAGAGGGCGUGAUAAAUAUGGCCCUCGUUGUCGUCGUCGUCGAUAAUUUCCUUGGCCCUGGACGGCCAGAUCGAUACGCCAACGCGACCUGUACGAUCAGAUCAAGCUCGCGAGCGAGACAGCCGGCAGAUCCAUGGACAACCACAUGCUUGCUGGCCUCCCCGCGCUGCCGCCGGCCGCCGACGCGGCGCUCCCCGACUCGUCGGAGCAGAUCUACAUCGCCCCCGUCGCGCUCCUCAAGAUGCUCACGCACGCGCGCGCCGGGGUGCCGAUGGAGGUGAUGGGGCUGAUGCUGGGGGAGUUCGUGGACGAGUACACGGUGACGGUGGUGGACGUGUUCGCGAUGCCGCAGAGCGGCACGGGCGUGAGCGUGGAGGCCGUCGACGACGCCUUCCAGACCGGCAUGAUGGGCAUGCUGCGGCAGACGGGGCGGCCGGAGAUGGUGGUGGGCUGGUACCACUCCCACCCGGGCUUCGGCUGCUGGCUCUCGGCCACCGACAUCCAGACGCAGCUCAGCUUCGAGCAGCUCAACCCGCGCGCCGUCGCCGUCGUGCUCGACCCCAUACAGAGCGUCAGGGGCAAGGUGGUCAUGGACGCCUUCCGCCUCAUCAACCCCACGGCGAUCCUCAUGCGCCAAGAGCCGCGCCAGACCACCUCCAACGUCGGCGCCACCGUGCGCCCCUCCCUCGACGCGCGCAUCCAAGGCCUCGGCGUGCACUACUACUCGCUCGUCAUCGGCCACCGCCAGAACGAGGUCGAGGAGGGCAUGCUCGCCUGCCUCAACCGCAGCCGCUGGUCCCACGGGCUCGUCCUGCCAAGCUUCGACGACGACGAGAACGAGGCCGCCGUGAGCGGGAUCCGGGACCUCGCGGUGCAGUACGACGUGCAGGUCAGGGAGGAGGACGCGACGCAGCCGGAGAGGCUGGCCGUGGUCAGGGCGGGCAGGCCGGACGCCAAGAAGCAGCUCGGGGAGAGAGCCGAGGCCGCCAUGUCCGGCAACAUCGUGCACACGCUCGGCAUGAUGCUCGACACGGUCGCCUUCUAGCUAGGCACGCAGCACGUAUGUGACUUGGGUUUCGAUCGUGCCAGUUCCAUAGCUGGAUGAACUUCGUUUUGUCUACGGUGAUCGCUCUUUGCAAGAAGCUUUGCUCAGGACAUAUCUGCAGAAUACGCCGCCGAAGGAUAAUUGACGAUUGAGUAUGCUCUUUGGUUCUCUGGAAUCUGAAUAGUCGGUAUACCUAUGAUAGUAUGUGUUUUAAAUUGACGAGCUAGCAUUGAAAUGACAGUUUAGUCUCAUGAGGAGCAGACAAUGCAA